AUGGUGCGCAUCGUGAAUGGGCAAGUGGUGGACUCCUCCUCCGCUGCCUCAGCAGUGCAGAAGAGGAGAUCAAAAGGGCCUCUAGACCAGGUGGCUGGCUUCUUUUGGUCGAUCGUGUCCUUCUUCGUGCUCUUCUUCCACACCAUGUUCAAGCCUGGUGCAGGCGGGGGCAAGCGCACAGAGGGCAAGUCGCGAAUCAAGACCAUUAACCCAGGUCCCUGUGACCGAUGCUCUCCCAAGUCCGGUCCUUUCAACUUCGGAAGAAUCCGCAGUGUCGGCAUCGAAGCACUUGCAGCAGCACCAACAGAGGCAUGUCUGUACUGA